CGGCGCUGCUCCGUCUCCAGCUCGGGAUGGGUCUGAUCUUUGCCAAGCUCUGGAGCCUGUUCAGUAAUCAGGAGCACAAGGUGAUAAUUGUGGGACUUGAUAAUGCUGGAAAGACCACCAUUCUCUACCAGUUCCUAAUGAAUGAAGUGGUUCACACUUCUCCAACUAUAGGAAGCAAUGCUGAAGAGAUAGUAGUUAAAAACACACAUUUUCUCAUGUGGGAUAUUGGAGGACAGGAGUCCUUGCGAUCAUCCUGGAAUACCUAUUAUUCAAAUACAGAGUUUAUUAUUCUUGUUGUUGACAGCAUCGAUCGAGAGAGAUUGUCGAUCACAAAGGAAGAACUCUACAGGAUGCUGGCACAUGAGGAUUUGCGGAAAGCUGCUGUUCUCAUUUUUGCAAACAAACAGGAUAUGAAAGGCUGUAUGUCGGCUGCUGAAAUUUCUACGUACCUCACCCUUAGUUCCAUAAAAGAUCAUCCAUGGCACAUUCAGUCCUGCUGUGCUCUAACAGGAGAAGGAUUGUGUCAAGGUCUAGAAUGGAUGACUUCCCGAAUUGGAGUAAGAUAACUUUUUCCAGCUAGAAAGUGACAUUUACUAUGUGGACAAAAAACUCCUUUGUGGUACGGCUGGCUGCUGAUGUAGCUACAUAUUUAACUUAAAACACCUGAAACUUCCAACAAGCAACACUUGAAUCAAGUGCCGCUGAACUGAAAAGUAUUUUAACACUUUUGAAAAUGCACUAAUUUUGGAUGGAUGAACAGUUGGAAUUCCCAGUUCUCCUGACAACAUAAGCUAAA